UCCAGCAACAUUUUUUGAACAGAAGCAACACAAAGAAGAAAAAAUGCAAGGAGAUAUUUAAUAAAUAUUGAAGUUGUUGGCUGUUAUGUAGACAUCUGAAGGUGGGUCACACUCAGCACGAUGUUGUGGUUGCCAUAGCUGCACACGCAAGUCUGGCAACGCCAUGACCAUGGUGACGGUAAACAGGUUAGUCAGUGUAACUUACACACAGGUGAAACAUGAUCCCAGCCCUGAGUCAGACACCACACACGCACACACACACACACACACACACAGCAGGAAAGAUGGCGGAAGCACAACGAGCAUCUGAACCUGUCAACUUUGUGCAUCAGGAUGAAAUCUGGAAAGCCCAUGUGAAUGCAGAGAAAGACUUGGCGGAGGUGUGGCCUAACAAGUGGGGUUUCCUCAGUGAGGUCUACAAGGAGUAUGAAAGGGAGAGCAUCAACCUGAAGAAAGCAGCCAGAGUGGAACCUCCUACACGACCUUUGACUCCUCCAGAAAAAGUAGGCCCCUCCCCUCCAGUGCCGCAGACCAGCCAGGCUGUGAUUGGCUGGCGCUCCGCCCAUUCUUACCUGUGUCUGGAAAGGUCAGGCAUGGUGCAUCAUGGGAGACGCAGUUUUCUGAAAGAGCUGGGCUGGCCUCAACACGCUUGACCGGAAGCUUCCGUAUUGGUUUUGUUAGCCAAGUCACCAUAUUUCCUGUGCUUCACUUCUUUUUACACUUGAGAAUGUAUACAAUUUACACAAGUUUUUUUUUAAUAAUAGCCACAGUUUGACCCUGGAACAGAUGAUUUUUAUGGGAGGUAGUCCCAGCAGCCGCACUGUGGACGAGUGGUUUGCAUGUUGGCAGCACAGUCAGGAGAUGGGGAAGACGUGCGUGGGUUAUCUGUGGGUACUCAAGUUUCCUCCCACAUUCCAAAAACAUCCAUGUUAGGUUAAUUGACAUCUCUAAAUUGUCCAUAGGUAUGAAUGUGAGCGUUGCUUGUCCAUAUGUGCCCUGCGAUUGACUGGCCUCUCGCCCAAAGUCAGCUCCAGCAUACCCCCGUGACCCUAUGAGGAUAAGCGGCAUAGAAAACAGAUGGCUAGAUAGUUCCAGCAUCCAUAUGACUUGAAAAAAGUAAUUAGUUGUAGCUAUGGUUACUUUCCCAAAAGGCAUUGCCUUUUUUAAAAAAUAAAAAAAACACUUCAAAUGUCAUCUGCUGUUGAGAGUUUACCAUAUCGGUGCAUAAUGAGUUCCAAUGUCCGUGAAUGCAUCUCACGUGUGAUGAGGAAGUGUUGUGCAAAGGUGGCGAUACAGUAUACGGUGUUGGAAGUGUGAAGAUUGUAUUUAUUGGAAUGUGGACAUGUGUAAUUGCCAAUACAGAAAACUGUGAUAACACAAAUUAAAUGUUCACAGACAUGGCACGAAAGUGUUAACAGCAUGAGGUGCUGUUCUGGCAAGAAUGUCCUCCUGUUCUUGCUAAAUAUCAACAUAUUGUGUACAUUUCUUUUAAGAAAGGAGCAAAACACAAGUGCCAGCAGCCAGCACACGCAGCAUAAUUCUCGAUGGUGACUUUCUUUUCAGUGCGUCGACAAUUAUUUCCACUGACAAACAUUAAUUAUCAAGUGAUAAUGGACAUCUCCGGUCAUCCACACUUGUUUGUCAUUAUAAUACAGUCCAUUCACAGUACAGUUUAACAGUUCAAAUUGGACACGUACAACAACUGUUGGGGGGGAUGCUGUUUUAAGAAUAAUCGAAAGGCAUGUUGUAUAAUUUAAAAAAAAUAGAUCCACCUGGGCUGACAUGACAGCAGUGGUGUGAAUGCAUCUCACUGAACUUACA